AUUUUGCCAUCUUGUGUCAAAAUAGUAUUAAAAGUGUAGAAAUAGAAAACACAUCAUAAUAACUAAACAUUAAAAAGUAAAGUACAUUCCAUAUUAUGUUUACUGCCUAAAUCAAUUUGCCAAAAACCUUUAUUCGCACAAUAAAAGAUGGGUCAGACAAAGAGCCAAUUUACAGAUGAAGAAUUACAAGAUUACGAGGAUUUAACAUUUUUCUCAAAGAAGGAAAUUUUGUUUGCCCACAAGAAAUUUAAAGCCUUAGCUCCAGAAAAAGUCGGACACAAUAAAAAUGCUAAACUAGCAAUGAAUAAGAUUUUGCAAUAUCCUGAACUGCGUGUUAACCCGUUUGGAGACAGAAUAUGCAAAGUCUUCAGUUCAAGUAAUGAUGGUGAUUGUACUUUUGAAGACUUUUUAGAUAUGAUGUCUGUUUUCAGCGACGCAUGUCCCAAAUCUGUGAAAGCUGAACAUGCUUUUCGUAUCUACGACUUCGAUGGCGAUGACAUGUUGGGAGUUAGUGAUUUGAAACAAGUCAUAGAACGGCUUGUAGGUCCUGAUAAUUGUCUAAAAGAAAACGAUAUUAAACAACUUAUUCAAAAUAUUUUGGCUGAAGCUGAUCUAGAUGACGACGGAGCUCUUUCGUUCCCAGAAUUCGAACAUAUCAUUGACAAGUCGUCUGAUUUCAGCAAUUCAUUUCGCAUCAGGUUAUAAAAAUUGCGCUGUCUAGUGAGCAUGAAAAACAUUAAAGCAAAGUCUGAGAUGUUCUUAUUUUUAUUUAUUUUUUUAGACAAAUUUUCUUUUACAAGUAUUAUUUUGAAUUUAUUUAAAUAAAUUAUAAAGCAUUAAAAUCUUAC